CUUGCCUUUUGCGCUUCCCAUAUCACAUAUGAUGUUCAACUUUUGUGUCCAAUAUGAAGUUCCACUUUUGUGUGCAUUUUGUUUCCCCCCACUACGAGGUUGCUCCAAAGUUUCCAUUUUUUUAAGGUUUCUUGGGGUUUGAACUCUCUUCCAUACUGUAGUUUAGUUUAGUAUGGAACCCGUGCCUAUUGUGAUGUAUGUAAGUUCGGACGAGGAAGAAGAGGAAGUGGCGUGUUUGGAAGAGAAGGGAAGGAGGGCCAUUGAUCUUGAUUGGAUAAAGGAGUUUUUGGACAUGUCGGAUGAGGAGACAAACGAGGUUGUUGUGUUGGACGAGGUGAAAAAACCUGAACUCAAGUCAAAGUCUUUGGAUGUGAAAAAAGUGGAUGAUGAUGAUGAGGAGGAGGAGGAGGAUGAUUGUGUUGUUCUGGAUGGUGACCCGGAAAAUCGAGUCACUUCGGUGGAGGGCUUGUCAACUGGAUCAGAUGAAUUGGUUGUUGUUGGGGAGAAGGGUCAGAUUGCGUGCAGAGACUAUCCUCAUCCGCGGCAUCUUUGUGUCAAAUUUCCUUAUUCUUCCGCCCCUCAUGAGAAGCACUGUGACCAAUGCCACUGUUAUGUGUGUGACUCAGUAGCACCAUGUCUGAAGUGGGGCACUGGCCAUUUAGGUACAGAUCAUUGCCAUGCAACUGAUAAAUCCGAGACAUGGAGAACUCUGAGGAAGAAUUUCAUGUUGGGCAAGACUGCUCCAUUAUUGGCUUCAUCCACUCAUGGUACUUUGAGUGAUGUGAGGACUGUCCAACAUAAUCAUACUCUGCCCCUUGAUAUUAUGCUAUUGUCCCCAAAUUCCAUGUUGCUGAAUCAUACAUCAUUGUCAACUGCAACACAUCCAUGCUCCCCAGUAAAUGUCAUCCCUCAAAAUCAAGCCUCUAGGACGAUUACAAUGCAUGAGCGCUCUUCACUAUAUUCUAGCUUACGCAACCAUGUCUCUAGCCCAAAUGCUAUCCCUGAAUGCUCCACUGCCACCAACUUUACUAUCCCAUCUGGUACAAACAAUGGUAGAUGUCGAGUGUCAGGGUCUACUUUGGUGAGAAACAGAUACCAGUCUCAUUCUGUUCCACAGCACGGGCUAGGUGUGCGCAAUCAUGCCAUCCAAAGGGUGCGAGGACAUGGAGUAAGUAGUUUAGGGCAUCAGUUCCUUCAUUCGCACAUGAUGCUUAACAGGUUAGGCAGUGUUGGUGUUGGGAGCACCCUGCCAAUGAACCAUUCUGCUCAUGGUGCUUCUGGCUUUGACAAUCAUAUCAAUCCAGCACAGCAAUAUGGCAGAUAUCAUGCUGCAACAGGAUUUUUAAAUAACAGAACUUGUUAUGGACAAAAUGAUGUCUGUGUCCCCCAAAAUUUAUUGUACCCAGAUCCAUGCUCUCAACCGAAUAACCUCAGAUCUGUCAGCAAUUAUAGUACAGCUUAUGAAACCCAAUUAUGUUACCUAUCAAAUGGAAGCCAAAAUUUUUAUGCAAAUUGUGUUCAGGGUAACAAUGUUCCUUCAAGUAAUGUGGCUAGCUUGAGUAUAAAUCGGGUUUUAAAUGAGCAUCAAGUAGGAAGUCAAAAUGAAAAUGCUUGUGGAAAUGUAAUCCAUUGUGGAACUACAAGACAAUAUUCUUGCCAGCAGAAACAUUAUGACACGAGUCAAAUUGAAUCUGCACUAAAAGCAGAUUUUUCAGCUUUUGACUCAAGUAGGAUGGAGGAUACCAGCCAAAGCAUUUCACAUCUACAAGGCUCAGGAUCUAUGAACAUAUACAGUGCCAAGGAGUCUGGUGCCCAGUUUACAGGAAGCACCUGUCUUGGCUCAGUCGAUGACAUCAAGCAGUGGCUCUUUGAUGAAGAAAACUCUGUCCCAGUUGGAGCUGAUGUUGCUUUGGCGUUUGACUCUGAGCUGAAUAUUCCAUCUCCUGAUCUUAGCACAUUUGAUGCAAGCACAUUCUUAUAUGAUUUUGAAAACUCUUGGGAUUGUCCGGCACAAAGUCUAGUCUAGAAUAUUAGCUUAGCAAUGUUAUCAAUGAUGACGAGACUUCAAGGUAACGAGACAAGAAUUCUGCUGAUUGAUUUAUACAUGGAUGAGCUCAGAACUUGCUAGUGCUAGAUAUCGUAUUAGUGACUACUACAUAUAUAUGACUUGUUGACUCUGAGGAUCUCAUAAGCUAGUGUUAGAAGUUAUAAUUGGACCGUGUUAGAUCUGAUGUCGUUCCCAUUGCAGAAGAGUUUGAUGCAUUAGACAGACUGAAUCUUUGAACUUACAAGCCUAGCACCAACCAAUGGAAAAAUCCUACAUGUGUACAGGAUGCUAACAUAAGAAGGAAUACAAGAACUGUGAAGCGUUGUUUUGCCUCUUUCAUUUUCAGUUACGCGCAGUAUGUUUAAGAUUUCUAUAUAACUUUUUUCCCCCCUUCAAAAUUUAGUAUAUAACAUCAUAUCUAAUGUUAUUAAAUGGAAAAAUCUGAACAUCUAUGAUCUCUGCCUAAUAGGUAGAUUUUUACAUGCCUAACUAUUUCUUUUUGUGAAAAAAGAAUAUUUGCCCCCCAUAAU